GGGGCUAUUAACGACGCCAGAACGAAACGGCCGCUCGUCACAAUCGUCGUCGCGUCUCAUCGUGCAUCGUCCACAGCCGCGAGACCGUGUGCCAGGCUGUUCAAUCCGGGAUCGAACAGCGUCCCGACAGAGGUGACCGACGCUGGAUCACAGAGAGAUGAAAGGACUCGCGAUGUCUCCUUGGAUUCUUCUGGGUCUGUUCCCUCUGGUCUCCAGUCAGCUGGAUCUACCCCCUCUGAAUGAAGACUCUCGUAACAAUCUCGGUAAUAGGUUUCCACCCACUGAGGCAGAGUUACAGGACAUUUUAGCUAGAUUGGAUUUCCUUGGUACCGAAAGAUGCAGCGCCAAUGUGGCAGCACAGUGGGCCUACGAAACGGACGUGAACGAGUACACACAAUUGCAGGCUCUGGAAGCUCAGAGGAUCUACGCAGACUUUCAGAACCAAGCGUGGCUCCUGAUUUCGAGGAUCGACAGGAAUAACAUCAGAGACCCGGUGAUUAGCAGACGUCUCAGAUACCUGUCCGCGGUCGGACCACCUGCUCUGCCACCUGACCAGUUGGACAGGUACAAUCGCGUGAUCAACGACAUGCUGGCGGUGUACAACGAGGCUAGCAUUUGCGCGCACAACGAUCCCUUCCGGUGCGGGCUACGGCUCUAUCCAGACAUAUCGCAGAUCAUGGCGAGAAGCCGUAAUUGGGACGAAUUGCAGUAUGUCUGGAUCGAAUGGAGAAGACGCAGCGGCAUGAGGAUCAAAGAUCUCUAUCAGCAGCUUGUCACGUUGAACAACGAGGCAGCUAGACUAAAUAAUUUCACGGACGCAGCCGAGUACUGGAUGUUCCCUUACGAGUCACCGAAUCUGCAGCAAGAUAUCGACGAAGUUUGGGAAAUGAUACGUCCGCUGUACGAGGAGUUACACGCGUAUGUGCGAAGAAAGUUGAGGGACCUGUAUGGGCCCGAGAAAAUCGGCACUCAUGCUCCACUUCCUGCUCACAUACUUGGCAACAUCUGGGGACAGUCGUGGACCAACAUCAUCGACAUAACGACACCGUAUCCGGGAAAAAAUUAUCUGGACGUGACGCAGGAAAUGCAGGCUCAGGGUUACACGCCCAUCGAGAUGUUCAGAAUCGCCGAGGAAUUUUACCUGUCCUUGAACCUGAGCGCCAUGCCUCCAGAAUUCUGGGCCGGAAGCAUAAUCGCGGACCCGGGAGACAGGCCUCUAAUUUGCCAGGCAUCCGCUUGGGACUUCUGCAACCGUCUAGACUACAGAAUCAAGAUGUGCACCAAGGUCACCAUGAAGGACCUGAUCACGGUGCAUCACGAGAUGGCUCACAUACAAUAUUUCUUACGGUACAACGGCUUACCACGGGAAUUCAGAGACGGUGCCAAUCCAGGGUUCCACGAAGCCGUGGGUGAAGCCGUGGCCCUCAGCGUUGGUUCCCUGCGCCAUCUGCAGACCCUAGGCUUGGGGAGCAAGUAUAUCGAUGAGUCUACAGCGGACAUCAAUUACUUGUUCACUCUGGCCAUGGACAAAUUGGUGAUGUUGCCCUUCAGCAUCGCGAUGGACAGGUGGAGAUGGGACGUUUUCCGUGGUUACAUCACCAGGGAUGACUACAAUUGCCAUUGGCACCGGCUGAUGGAGCAAUACGCCGGUAUCAAGCCUCCAGUGCUGCGAUCCGAGGACGACUUCGAUCCUGGCGCCAAGUAUCACAUACCUGCGAACAUCCCGUACAUCCGGAAUUUCGUGGCAGGGGUCCUUCAGUUCCAACUGUAUCGCGCGUUGUGCCAAGCUGCUGGCCAGAGGAACGUGGAUGAUCCCAGGAGACCUCUUCACAGGUGCGACUACUACAGAAGCUCGGAAGCUGGCAGGAUAUUGGGAAAGAUCAUGGAGAGAGGGUCCUCGGCGCCGUGGCAGGAGACGCUUCGAGAGGCCAUCGGCGAGGACAGAUUGGACGCGGCAGCGCUCAGGGAGUACUUCAGGCCUCUCGAGGACUGGCUGAGAACGGAGAACCUGAGGACCGGUGACGUGGUCGGCUGGUCUUACGACGGAGAUUACUGCAAGCGCAGCAUCGAGACCGCCGGUCUGCAGGUCUACGGAAGCGGAUUCUACAACGACGCUUCGUCACUGCACGCGACAUGGGCAGUAUCAGGAAUCACGGCAAUCCUCUUAACGAUUUCGGUCGUUCGUUAAGCAAAGGAAGACCACCAAAAAAGGAACAGUGAGUCAAACGUUCGAGAAGCUUUCGCAGCCCAGAGCGUCUGAAGCGUCACUUUCCCUUUUCUCCAGAGGGUCGUUCAUCAGGGACGAUCCUUGUUCCGCCAAAGCCGAAGAUACCAAACAAACGACCGAAACGCGUAUAACUCGUUCAACGAGGCCUCCAAUCUGAUUUAUCACCCGAGUAUUCCUUCCCUUUUGCAACUCGUUGAACGAGUCAUAGUUGACCGUUCCCCGAAUUAUCGUGGAACGUGACAAGCGGCGAGAGUCAGCGAUAUUCAGGUAAAACGCGUCGAGUUCUGUGGAACGUGGCGUGUAUCCGGUCGCUAUUGUUACCCUCGCGAGUGUCAUUAAUUUAACCGCGAUGCCGCGACACGGCCAAUGGUACGCGUGCAAUUAAGCUCGCGUGCGAGCACGCCUCCGGCGCAUAAAUCGUUUCGCGGUGUCGAGGGCUGCUCUCGUGUCGUACACCUUGAAACGGCACCAGGGUUUAAUAAACACAAAGAGAUUUACGUGCUCGGUCGUUAAACGGUGCCAAUGAGCGCUCGAGUCGGACGCUAGCCGCGAUGCCUUUUCACAGAAAUCAGGCGAGAGACUCGACUCUCGCGGUGUAAAUAUAAAAUAAUCCGUAAUCCGACGAAUCGAGUAGAUGUCAGCCGGUUUCGCAAUGAGCCAACCACUCGCGGACAAUUCCGAGCGUAUCGUAAUUGGACGAUAUUUCGAUCGCAAAUGAGCUCGAUCGGGAAUUAUCCAGGGGUACACCAUUGCAAUUUUCAUGAGGAGAAAAUCUAUAAUCCGUAUCGGUAUAUCGGUACAAGGAGUUUUGCACCGUCGAUCGCGUUAGUUGUCCACGAAACGUGGGUCGUUAAGGUGAAUUACUCGUGUUAUGCCGUAGGAGAGCGCGGUGGAGCGCGUGCACGCGAGGAAAUGGGUGAACGAGGCUUUAAAUAAAUUUCUAGCACCGAGUACUUCCAUGAUCAGCCGAUUCUGUAACGGCGUUCUAUAAUAAGGCAGUGUCGCAAGCCGAAUUCGCGAUUUCAGGGUCCAACUUACAAAGGAGGAACACGAUACGAGGCUGGACUUCUUCUCAUUGUUCGUUCUACACAAAGAGAACCUGCUGUCCGGAACCCAUUAUUCCCAGACUUUCGCGGCACUCGAAUCGAGGCCUCGACCGCCGAAUAAAAGUUGUUUGACGACGAGCCCGAAAUUGGUUUACCGGGUUGCGUAAUUAAAGUGCUCCGUCCCUUUCGCUCUAUCGCGUAUAAUCCCGUUACCACGAGGCCCAUAAAAAUUCUAAUUCCGUCCGGAACAGCUUUCUUUCGUGAAUCCCUUCACUUAAACGCGGCGUUGAAAAAAUCUGGAAAAAGUCACGCGGAAUCGUGCGAACCAUCGAGGUCUACCUGUCCAAUCCCUUUUACACCUUCUACCUGAAUAAGAGAAGAAUUCCAGUUUUGCCGGGGGUUCGCCUUUCUUUGACAAAUUGCUUCAUUUAAAUACCCAGUUUAGCAGAAUGUAGAAAAAUCGGGUGAAAUCUGGUAAAUCGGUUAAAUCCUUCCGAUGCUUAUCUUUCUUUCGCUACUUCUUGCAUCCGAGUAAGCGAGAGAAAUUUGACGAAUGAGUAAGGAAAUAUUUUCCCAACGACGUCGAGCGGAUUAUCCGAUGGCCUGCGAAAUUUAACGAGGAUGCUGAUCCUUUGCUGGAACUUUCGUCGGGAGCGUGUAGGACGUCAGCUUUCACGCGGGCCGCAAUAGGAGACGUUAUUGUUCCUACGGAGACAGCUGCUCAGGCAUAAUUACACAAAGGUGGUCUGUCCAGAAACUGGUUCACCCACUUGCGUAACGCGAAGAUGCGGAAACCGAGUUCGAAAGACCGGCAGUGUGUUUCAUUGCGUCACCGAACGUGCCGCGAUGCUUUUAUUGGUCCCGUCUGGAACGUGUCCGAUCUUAUCGCCCCUUUCGCGUUCGAUGCGUCUCGAAUAUUAUGAUCGACGGGAUGUUAACAUUUCGGGCGACGACGUGCCGGAGGAACCUGUCCGACGACCGUAAGUACACCUAACGCGCGUGAUUUACGAGCGAAAUUGAAAUCGGUCUGAUGAAAUUUCCCCGUUUCUGUGAAAUUAUAUUAUUUCUGAAUUACCCACGACCAAACGAUUCGCGGAAAUUCGUUAGAUUUCUCCUCGCAGCA